AUGGAAAAGCAACGUGGAGCCAGCUGUUGGCAGCAGUAUGGGAAUAUACUGUAUGUUGACACAACUAGAGCUUUGGUGGCAACUCCAAAAGCAGAAGGUCUGAGCUAUGCAGGAGUUCCUGCCUCAGAGAGGAUUGCAGAAAGAGAUCUGAGGAACAUGGAGAAAUACUGUACCAAGAUUGUGGAAGUUGGGCACAGCAUGUGUGUGGCACCAGCUCUGAUUGCUGGUAUUGUCUCUCGAGAGUCACAUGCUGGGGCAGUGCUGGAAAAUGGCUGGGGUGACAUCAAAAAUGCAUUUGGUUUAAUGCAGGUUGACAAACGGUACCACGACACUGUUGGUUCAUGGGACAGUAAAGAACACCUAACAAAAGGUGCAGAAAUUUUCAGAGGGAUGUUAGAGCAAAUGCAGAAGAAAUUCCUAGACUGGACAAAGGAACAGCAGCUCAAAGCUGCCAUUUCAGCCUAUAAUGCAGGACCUAGUAAGGUCCAGCACUACGAUGGAGCGGACGCUGGCACGACACAGCGGGACUACGGCAACGAUGCGGUUGCAAGAGCCAAGUUCUAUAGCAGAAAGGGAUACUGA